GCACCACCUCUUUUUUGCACGAGCGCAAAUCGGACGCCGAUGCUCAAGCGCACGGGCCAUGGCCGCGGGAAGGGCUGGAAGGCCAACGAGGAGCUCGACCUCCUCGCCUGCGUCAGCGACAUCUUGCCCGUCGACACGAACGAGUGGGAGGACGUUGUGAUCGCGUACAACUUUCAUCGGCAGCGAACCGACCGCCGCGACCUCCAGUCGGUCCGGCGCAAGUACAAGUCGCUGCGCAACAUGGCCAGUGGCACAGGAAGUCUCUCGACGCGCCAGCACUCGACCGAGGCCAAACGUAUUCAAGACGACAUCAACCGCAAGAAGACCAUGCUGACGCUCGGUCCUAGCGACGGCAAUAAUGGCAACAACUUUGCCGCCCCGACAGCGGAAGAGCCUGCGCCCGAAGCCAUCGAGCCCCCGGCCGCGCCGCUCGCCAAUGUCUACGCAAGCCAAGGGCUCCGUCCCAAGGAGAUUGCAGCGUUCAGCAAGCGCGUCCCGAAACGGGGUACGGUGCCACCGAGCCGGCGGCAGAUUUUGAUUGCGAUGCGCAACACAGCGUUGACGCCCGAGGGUGACGACGAAGGCCCACCGGUGCUGCGUCUCGAGUCUCCGGACGCUGCGUACGCGGCCGCCAUGGAAGCAACCGAGCCGCUGCCCCGCGCCGUGAGCAAUGAGACGCCGCGGCGCUUGGCACCGCUGGCGAAGCGGCCGCGCUCGGAGGUCGAGGACCACGUGCUUUCACGCUUGCUGGCGAUGGAAGAGUCGCGAGAGCGCUGGAUGCGGGAAAUGGAGGAGCGCCGCGAGGCCCGCGAGCGAGAGCGCGACGAGCGCUUUGAAGCGCUGCGCCUCGAGCGCGACGAACGAGACCGCCAGCGCGAAGAGUACCGCGACAAGAUGGACGCGCAGCGGGAAGAGCGAGCGGCGCGGCACGACGAGCUCAUGGCCAUGGUCCUCAACAAACUGUUGCAGCCGGCCGCACCGACGCCGUUUCUACCACGCGAAGGUCCAGCGAUUUAACGUAUAAUCACGUACUAGUACGCGCAAAGCACCGGGUUUUCGAUGUUGAGCUCAA